AUGGCUACCAAUUACCAGUCUUCCAAGGAAACCACAAAUUUUGCACGAAUUUGCAGGUUGUUCAGCGAUGUCAUCCCGGACUUAUUGCGAGAUUUGCUCAACACUCGGUUGCCAGCAUCAGGACUAUCUACAGUACUUACCACCCAGAAAAGCAAGAUCUUUUCUGUGUUGAUGCCUCAUCAAAAGAACAUUCUGUAUCCUCACAUUGGGGUGUAUCAAGGUUCAAUGAAGGAUUUGGACACAUCACUUCUGUACAUCCUUCUAAGAAACCUUGGAAAUAUUCCACCUCAUCAGCAAAGUUGGGGAAACGCACCGGGUAUGGCAGACAGAUCUCUGUCAGCCAACAUCGACCGUCUACGUGAGCAGCGCAAUAAGGUGUAUGCUCAUGCCACUACAGCCUCUCUUUCUGAUGGAGAUUUUCAGGCUAGAUGGGACAUCAUCCGCCAAAGUGUGGAGGAAAUACAAAAUAGUGAACUGAAUACAGGGCGGUUUGUAGUGGCAGUGGAUGCUAUGUAUACCAUGGAGAUGGACCACAGAAUGACAAAUAAAUACAUCGAGGAACUUCUAUUGGAUAUAAAAGAGGAUGUCAAUACACUUAGGGCCGAUUUUAGUUCAAUGAAGGACAAACUGAACACCCUGUCAACAGACACAAGUCACAAAAAAGAAACAACCACAGCCAUGAUAUUGAAAGAAAAAGACGAAUACAAGUUCCUUUCUACCAAAAGUCUCCAGGAUGCCUAUGAUAAACUACUGAAGAACAGCUUGGUGUUAAUCAAGGGAAAUUCUGGAGACGGGAAGACAUCAAUUGCCCUUGAACUUCUCCGUCGGCUGUGCUAUAAUGAGGAGGGGCAACAAUGUCGACAGCCACUAGAACUGCAUGAUAUCAAAGACUUGGAUUAUGUGACCCCAAAGUCACAAUUAGUUAUUUAUUUAGAUGAUAUCUUUGGAAAGAAUGUUGUGUGUAAACAAGAUGUGGAAGAAUGGGAGAAAAGAGAAAAAUCUAUUAUUUCAAAAUUUUGUAGAAAUGAGCACACAGAUGGCAAUUUUCUGAUCGUUGCAAUUCGCAGUGGAAUUUCAAAUUCUUUAACUGGAUCUUGCUUAGAAAAGGUAUUCACUAAACAAAACAUUGUUGACCUUAACAUAGAUGCUGAAGAAAAACUGGAAUUUUUAAGGUUGUACAAACCAAAAGAUAAUUUUGACUCAUGGAAAGAUGAUGAAGAGAAGGAAAUUGUCAAGUGUGCUCCUGACAUUGGGUUUCCACAAUGCUGUAGGUUGUUCAGAGAUUCGUCUACUUUGCAAACGGAGAGGAUGACUUUUUUUAAAAGACCUUUUCAUUUUCUGAAAUCUUCUUUAUCUAAAUUGAAAGACGGAAAAUGUUAUGGUUUGAUGUAUCUGUUCCUUAACGCAGGCAAAGUCAUGGAAGAUAAUUUAGACUCUAACAAUAAAAAAAUUGAUGAGAAUUUAUUAGAAGCAGCAUUUAAAGAUGAUGUAGUGGAAGUUACCCCAACAACUGAGCUUGUUUAUAAUAAGGGGAGGAAAAUAGAAUUUGUGAAGAAGUCAUUAGAUUGUCUGUUGGGCUGGAUGGUGAAAAAAGAGUCUCACCAAAACCAAAAAGUUUGUUACAGAUUCAACCAUGACUCAAUUGAGGAAACUCUGGCACUUUUGUAUGGAGAAAAAACUCCCAUUGGCUACAUACAGAAUUGUCCCAGGAAGUUUCUGAGUUAUGUAACUACCUCAAAAACCACUCCAAACAAAGUAGUUAUAUCAUCUGAUAAUCAGUACAUGUAUGAACGUUUACUUGGAGAGUUUAAAUCUGUCUAUUCUAGUAACUCUGACCCAGAAAGUGACAGGUUUUAUAGUAAAUAUCUUUCUAUAACUUCAUUAGAUGUUUGGACAGAUAUUCAGUUUCUGCAGGGAUUUACCAGAUGGCUUAGUGGUCAGAACGUUGACAAAAACUUGUGCCAUGAGAUAAAACUUCGCUUGUUGAAUGGAACAUGUUCUUCUGGUUCAGAAGAAUGUACUUUAUUCCUCCUGUCGGAGGGUGUGAAACCUGACAAGAUGACAUUGAUUUGUGUGGUAGAGGGAGGGAGAGUGAAUAUAUUAUACAAAGUGGAGAGCAUUAUACUAAAAUCCUUGUAUAGAGUUGAUGACGAACAACAUAAGCGUGAGACAGUAGAAGGUCGUGUGGUGCACGGGAAUUGUGUGUGUGCUCAGUACAUGUGUCAGUUAGUGAGUGAGUCGGGGGAAACAUUGUUACAUAAGAGUUGUUACCUGGGACACAUGGAGGUUUUAAAAUACCUGUGUGAGUCGUACCCAGCACUAACUACAGCUGUAGAUAAUGACGGGGGAACAGUGUUACAUUCUAUUUGUAUUGGGGGACACAUGGAGGUUUUGAAAUACCUGUGUGAGUCGUACCCAGCACUAACUACAGCUGUAGAUAAUAGCGGGCGAACAGUGUUACAUAGAAUUUGUAUGUUUGGACACAUGGAGGUUUGUAAAUAUCUGUGUGAGUCGUACCCAGCACUAACUACAGCUGUAGAUAAUAGCGGGGGAACAGUGUUACAUUCUAGUUGUAUUGGGGGACACAUGGAGGUUUUGAAAUACCUGUGUGAGUCGUACCCAGCACUAACUACAGCUGUAGAUAAUAGCGGGCGAACAGUGUUACAUAGAAUUUGUAUGUUUGGACACAUGGAGGUUUGUAAAUAUCUGUGUGAGUCGUACCCAGCACUAACUACAGCUGUAGAUAAUAGCGGGGGAACAGUGUUACAUUCUAGUUGUAUUGGGGGACACAUGGAGGUUUUGAAAUACCUGUGUGAGUCGUACCCAGCACUAACUACAGCUGUAGAUAAUAGCGGGGGAACAGUGUUACAUAGAAUUUGUAUGUUUGGACACAUGGAGGUUUGUAAAUAUCUGUGUGAGUCGUACCCAGCACUAACUACAGCUGUAGAUAAUAACGGGGGAACAGUGUUACAUUCUAGUUGUAUUGGGGGACACAUGGAGGUUUUGAAAUACCUGUGUGAGUCGUACCCAGCACUAACUACAGCUGUAGAUAAUAGCGGGGGAACAGUGUUACAUUCUAGUUGUAUUGGGGGACACAUGGAGGUUUUGAAAUACCUGUGUGAGUCGUACCCAGCACUAACUACAGCUGUAGAUAAUAGCGGGGGAACAGUGUUACAUUCUAGUUGUAUUGGGGGACACAUGGAGGUUUUGAAAUACCUGUGUGAGUCGUACCCAGCACUAACUACAGCUGUAGAUAAUAGCGGGGGAACAGUGUUACAUUCUAGUUGUAUUGGGGGACACAUGGAGGUUUUGAAAUACCUGUGUGAGUCGUACCCAGCACUAACUACAGCUGUAGAUAAUAGCGGGGGAACAGUGUUACAUUCUAGUUGUAUUGGGGGACACAUGGAGGUUUUGAAAUACCUGUGUGAGUCGUACCCAGCACUAACUACAGCUGUAGAUAAUAGCGGGGGAACAGUGUUACAUACAAUUUGUAUGUUUGGACACAUGGAGGUUUGUAAAUAUCUGUGUGAGUCGUACCCAGCACUAACUACAGCUGUAGAUAAUGACAGGGGAACAGUGUUACAUUCUAGUUGUAUUGGGGGACACAUGGAUGUUUUGAAAUACCUGUGUGAGUCGUACCCAGCACUAACUACAGCUGUAGAUAAUGACGGGGGAACAGUGUUACAUUUUAGUUGUAUUGAGGGACACAUGGAGGUUUUGAAAUACCUGUGUGAGUCGUACCCAGCACUAACUACAGCUGUAAAUAAUAGCGGGCGAACAGUGUUACAUACAAUUUGUAUGUUUGGACACAUGGAGGUUUGUAAAUAUCUGUGUGAGUCGUACCCAGCAUUAACUACAGCUGUAGAUAAUAGCGGGGGAACAGUGUUACAUUCUAGUUGUAUUGGGGGACACAUGGAUGUUUUGAAAUACCUGUGUGAAUCGUACCCAGCACUAACUACAGCUGUAGAGAAUGACGGGGAAACAGUGUUACAUUCUAGUUGUAUUGGGGGACACAUGGAGGUUUUGAAAUACCUGUCUGUAGAUAAUGAGGGGGGAACAGUGUUACAUUAUAGUUGUAUUGGGGGACACAUGGAGGUUUUGAAAUACCUGUUUGAGUCGUACCCAGCACUAACUACAGCUGUUGAUAAUGACGGGGGAACAGUGUUACAUUCUAGUUGUAUUGGGGGACACAUGGAGGUUUUGGAAUACCUGUGUGAGUCGUACCCAGCAGUAACUACAGCUGUAGAUAAUAGCGGGCAAACAGUGUUACAUUCUAGUUGUAUUGGGGGACACAUGGAGGUUUUGGAAUACCUGUGUGAGUCGUACCCAGCACUAACUACAGCUGUAGAUAAUAGCGGGCGAACAGUGUUACAUAUAAUUUGUAGGUUUGGACACAUGGAGGUUUGUAAAUAUCUGUGUGAGUCGUACCCAGCACUAACUACAGCUGUAGAUAAUGACGGGGGAACAGUGUUACAUUUUAGUUGUAUUGGGGGACACAUGGAUGUUUUGAAAUACCUGUGUGAGUCGUACCCAGCACUAACUACAGCUGUAGAUAAUGACGGGGGAACAGUGUUACAUUCUAGUUGUAUUGGGGGACACAUGGAGGUUUUGAAAUACCUGUGUGAGUCGUACCCAGCACUAACUACAGCUGUAGAUAAUAACGGGGGAACAGUGUUACAUUCUAGUUGUAUUGGGGGACACAUGGAUGUUUUGAAAUACCUGUGUGAGUCGUACCCAGCACUAACUACAGCUGUAGAUAAUAACGGGGGAACAGUGUUACAUUCUAGUUGUAUUGGGGGACACAUGGAGGUUUUGAAAUACCUGUGUGAGUCGUACCCAGCACUAACUACAGCUGUAGAUAAUAACGGGGGAACAGUGUUACAUUCUAGUUGUAUUGGGGGACACAUGGAUGUUUUGAAAUACCUGUGUGAGUCGUACCCAGCACUAACUACAGCUGUAGAUAAUAACGGGGGAACAGUGUUACAUUCUAGUUGUAUUGGGGGACACAUGGAUGUUUUGAAAUACCUGUGUGAGUCGUACCCAGCACUAACUACAGCUGUAGAUAAUGACGGGGGAACAGUGUUACAUUCUAGUUGUAUUGGGGGACACAUGGAGGUUUUGAAAUACCUGUGUGAGUCGUACCCAGCACUAACUACAGCUGUAGAUAAUAACGGGGGAACAGUGUUACAUUCUAGUUGUAUUGGGGGACACAUGGAUGUUUUGAAAUACCUGUGUGAGUCGUACCCAGCACUAACUACAGCUGUAGAUAAUGACGGGGGAACAGUGUUACAUUCUAGUUGUAUUGGGGGACACAUGGAUGUUUUGAAAUACCUGUGUGAGUCGUACCCAGCACUAACUACAGCUGUAGGUAAUAACGGGGGAACAGUGUUACAUUCUAGUGGUAUUGGGGGACACAUGGAGGUUUUGGAAUACCUGUGUGAGUCGUACCCAGCACUAACUAUAGCUGUAGAUAAUAGCGGGCAAACAGUGUUACAUUCUAGUUGUAUUGGGGGACACAUGGAGGUUUUGGAAUACCUGUGUGAGUCGUACCCAGCACUAACUACAGCUGUAGAUAAUAGUGGGCGAACAGUGUUACAUUCUAGUUGUAUUGGGGGACACAUGGAUGUUUUGAAAUACCUGUGUGAGUCGUACCCAGCACUAACUACAGCUGUAGAUAAUGACGGGAGAACAGUGUUACAUUCUAGUUGUAUUGGGGGACACAUGGAGGUUUUGAAAUAUCUGUGUAAGUCGUACCCAGCACUAACUACAGCUGUAGAUAAUGACGGGAGAACAGUGUUACAUUCUAGUUGUAUUUGGGGACACAUGGAGGUACAGAGGCCUCCGACACAUCGCUUGUGCGUUACCACCACAACCUCCUCCGUGUCCGGCAUUGUGUCCAAUUCGCAGACGUCUUCCACGACUGGUCUCAACGGGGUUGCCGGAGUAGAGUCCGCACUAUGUUCAUUUAAGAACAUGCCAGAUUUUUAUGGUGGAGGAAAGCCGGAGUUCCCGGAGAAAAACUAG